UCCUAAGUCCAUCAGGUUGCAAGCAUCAUCAGACCACUUAGUGACUCAAACCAAUUACUGCUAGAUUCACUGCCAGUUCCCUGUUGUGCGAUCUUUCUUCUAGAACCAUCUCUUAAUCCUCACCUAUAAAUACUCAGCACUUUCACUGUGCUUCCCUUUUUCCCAAUUCACUGGUUUCUCAAUUCUCACUCAGACAGAGACAUGGCUCACAAUCAUCACAUCACCACCGAUUCUCCUCUCUCUCGUCGCAUAGUUCGUUCCUUCCUUCACUUCCUCAACCAAGUUGAACCAUGCCCUGGGGUUGAUGCUGAAGGUAUUGAGGUUGCUAAGGAGUGUUUGGCUGAGGCCUUUAAGGUUAACUCAUCUCAUGUAGCUGGUGAUCCUGAUUCAUUGAUUGACAUUUUCAAGUCACUUGAAGCAAACAAGCAAUGUGAAGCUAGUAAGUCCGACGUUGGUCCUCGGCCAGAUUCUGUUGAAGCUUCCGGUGCAUUUCCUGCCCAGGAUCAUCCUGAUCAUGCUAAAAAUCACUCUGAGGCAUCAAAAUCUGUGAAUGAAGAUCGGACACAGGGCCCUCUCACUUCAGCAAUGACUAAAGAUGAACUCUGUGGACAAUUCUUUGCUGCUCUGGAGAAAAAUCACUAUUUCAGGACCAAUAUUGAUGGGAGUGAUGACCCUGUGCAACUGGAGAAAGCAUCCCGUUUAUUUGAUGAUGCUUUUAUGGAGAUGGAAAGAUCUGGAUGUCAGCAAUUUAGUUUGAAGAAUUUGGCUGAAUCACUUAAAUCACUAGGCAAUAAGGCAAUGCAAUCCAAUCUAUAUUCUGAUGCAAUUGAGUUGUAUAAUUGUGCAAUUGCGCUUUAUGAAAAGAGUGCUGUUUACUACUGCAACAGGGCAGCUGCAUACACUCACAUCAGAAAAUAUACAGAAGCGAUCCAGGAUUGUCUUAGAUCUAUUGAGAUUGAUCCAAACUACUGCAAGGCAUACAGCCGUCUCGGUUUAGCUUAUCAUGCCCAAGGAAAUUAUAGAGAUGCUAUUGAUAUAUUUAGAAAAGCCUUGCAGUUGGAUCCAAAUAAUGGGUUUGUCAAAGAGAAUAUGAAGGCAGCUGUGGCAAAAUUGUUAGAUGAGCAGCAACAUGGAGAUCCCAAUCAGUAUCCAAGAUCAUCUGAAGAAUUCCAAAACCAGUCUGCACGGGGACCAAGAAGCCACGGAGUGCCGCCUCCGUUUACCUCAAUGCCAUUUAACCCUAAUAAUCUUGCAAGUAUGUUCAUGAACAUGGCGCCAAAUGCCACAAAUGCACAUCAGGGGCCACAUCCUCAAGAAAGGGAAGAUGCCAACACUAGUGGUGCUGAUGAACCAGAAAUAAGAGCUGGGAGCAGCAAUUUUAGUAUGAACUUUGAGCAAAUUCCUCAGGAUCUAUCAGGGGCCUUCCAAUCUAUGAUGGAAAUGUUUUCUGGGUCUGUACCCCCUGGGCAACCACAUGAUCAAACGAAUGGAAGAACAGCGCCAAACUAAGCCUUUUCAUUCUUAGACUGUAAAGAGUAACAAAAUUGUAAAAUGGUUUUUUAUUUUAAUUUUUUUACAGAUUACAGAGUUGAUUGACAAGGUUACUCUCCUUUUUUUGCACCAUAUAGAGCUUAGGGAACUAUCCUUUUGAGCCAUGCUUUUUACAGGAUCUUGUGGAUUUAUGACCUAUAAUUUACUGAAAGGGAUUAUGGUAAAGUUUACAUGAUGAUUACUUGCAAA